UAGAUCUCAUUUCGCGACAUUUUGUUGUUGCAGCAUAGGAGCGAGGUGUAUGUAACAUAGUGAAAUCCCGGUAGCCUGAACACAAAUCGGAGUAGAAACGCUUUCUCACCGUCAUUUAAAUAAUUGUGCACCUCGCUACGAACGAACAUUACAAACCGCAUCUACUAAAGUUGAUACGAGUUUCCGAGCAGUUUUUUAAACAAGCUAGUGCAGUAGUUAGCGAACUUACGUUAGUUGCACGAGUCUAGUUGACACCUUUGACCAACAAAAAGAAGAAGUCACAACUUGCAGUUUGAGGGUUGUUCUGCAGGAAUGUCGCUGAAAGAAAGACCCACGUUUUAUCGACAGGAGGUGAACAAGACGAUUUGGGAGGUACCAGAACGCUACCAGACGUUGUCUCCAGUCGGGUCCGGGGCCUACGGAUCAGUUUGCUCGUCAUAUGAUGAGAAGACCGGUCUGAAGAUCGCAGUGAAGAAGCUCUCCCGGCCAUUCCAGUCCAUUAUCCACGCCAAGAGGACCUACAGAGAGCUACGUCUGCUCAAGCACAUGAAACAUGAGAACGUGAUCGGCCUUCUAGAUGUCUUCACACCUGCAACUAGUCUGGAGGAGUUCAAUGACGUGUACCUGGUGACCCACCUGAUGGGAGCAGACCUCAACAACAUAGUCAAGUGUCAGAAACUCACAGACGAUCACGUGCAGUUCCUCAUAUACCAGAUCCUCCGGGGAUUAAAGUAUAUCCACUCAGCAGAUAUCAUUCACAGAGACCUGAAACCCAGCAACCUGGCUGUGAAUGAGGACUGUGAGCUGAAGAUCCUGGACUUUGGGCUGGCGAGGCACACCGACGACGAGAUGACGGGUUACGUUGCCACACGCUGGUACCGGGCACCAGAGAUCAUGCUGAACUGGAUGCACUACAACAUGACAGUGGACAUUUGGUCUGUGGGAUGCAUCAUGGCUGAACUCCUCACUGGCAGAACGCUGUUUCCCGGUACUGACCACAUUGAUCAGUUGAAGCUAAUAAUGCUGCUCGUCGGGAUGCCAGGGCCUGAGCUCUUGAUGAAAAUCUCUUCAGAGUCUGCCAGGAACUACAUCAACUCCUUGCCACAGAUGCCCAAGAGGAAUUUUUCUGACGUGUUCAUCGGUGCCAACCCACAAGCUGUGGACCUGCUGGAGAAGAUGUUGGUUCUGGACACAGAUGAGAGGAUAACGGCUGCCGAGGCUUUGGCCCACCCCUACUUCUCCCAGUACCACGACCCAGAUGACGAGCCUGAGGCUGACCCCUACGACCAGAGCUUUGAGAGCCGUGAGCUGGAGAUCGAGGAAUGGAAACGAUUGACCUAUGAGGCGGUGUGCGAUUUUGAGCCACCUAUCUUUGAUGGAGACGACAUGGAAUCGUGAUUUGGAUAAUUUGAUUUCUACAAGCCCCUCCCCCUCAGCCCCUACAACUUUAUAUCACUGAGGUUCCCACUUAUCAUACGACCUUUUGGGAAAACAAUAUCAUCCGAGUGCCUACAAACGUUUGUCUUUUGUUAUAUUUCUGAAGCUGGCGCGCUCUCUCCCCCCAUUCUGACUUGUAAAUGUGUUGCAAGAGAAACGCAACUAAAAUAGCCUGGUCCCAGAUCUGUGCUGUGGCAUGACAAUGGCCAUGGGAGUUGGCUAUUCAGCACAAACAGGUCUUGGAACAUGCAAAAACGAAAAAUGGGGGAAAGGAGAUUUUCAAGGACUGAAUAUCUAUAUUUACUACAAUGUAUUUUCAAGGCAGAAACCGAGGCAAGCAACAACCAACCACUUAUACCAUUAUUUGUUCAUUGCUGGAAAAUGCCAUGCUUCUGUUAUUAUUCUGUCUAUAUGUAUGUUUUUAAAUGGCACCUUAUUUACUAUAUAGGAAAUGGGGUGCCAUUUGGGAUGAAAUCUAUAUUUCAACUACACUGAUCAAAAAUAUAAACGCAACAUACAACAA